UAAUUCUAAGUUCGAUAAUGGCAAAAUAAACAUUAAAAUUGUCAUACAUAUUUUUUUUAGACAAGACUUGUCGUACAUAUUAAGUAAGAGGAUAUUAUUGUAUUCCGAAUUACACGGACGUAUCGGAAUUAACAAGAGUGGCCUGGUGGGCGUCCAACUGACCCCCAAAUUGAUGCCAAAAGAAUAUUGUAAUAAUAAAAAAUAAAAAAGAAUGAAGUGUGAGAAUAAAUGUGGGAUGAAGACAGUGGCAAGUACCAAUAGAUCAUAAUAGACAAAGACAAAAGCCAAAUCUGAUUCAACCACCACUUAGUCUACUGCCCAACCACCGUGCCGGGUUGCUCUUCGCCGCCACCUUGCAAGCCAGAAAUCUCCUUCUUACUUGUCCACACACCACAUAAAUAUGUUUAUUUCUUGGUACUAGAUUUUGUAAUAUAUUCACACACAAAAAAAAAAAGAAAAAGAGAGAGAGAGAGAGAGAAAAUAUAUGGAGCAAGGGAGAGGAGGACAGGGUGAUGCGAAUCAGCAGCAAGAUCGCCGCCGUUUGCAGCCUCCUGAUCAGGGUCAAGUGCAUCAAAAUCAACAUCAACCGGAGCCUCCGCAUCCGCCACUUCCACAAAAGUGCCCACGGUGUGAUUCUGAGAACAUCAAAUUUUGCUAUUAUAACAAUUACAGCCUCUCUCAACCCCGAUACUAUUGCAAGAGUUGCAGAAGGUACUGGACUCAGGGAGGAACCUUGAGAAAUGUUCCCGUUGGCGGUGGAUGCCGGAGGAAGGGUAAGCGACCCAAAACCUCAACGUCUUCAAGUGAUAGUGAGAAUUCAAGAACUCAACCUCUAACACUUCCACUUCCAUCACAACAGCAUGUGUCACAGAAUUUAACUAAUAUGGCUGCUCUGAUUUCGGGUAAUUCUGGGGUAUUACCCGGGAAUCAAUCCUCGAGGAGUUUGCCGGCGGUGAUUUCACCAAUAGGUUCUUUCUAUUCUGGUGGUUCAUUUUUGUCCAUGCAACCGGUCAAUUUGGGUGAACUCCCUGGCGGCCAACUUGGAGGUGCAAAAACGGCAGAUUUCCCAGAAUUAAAUUAUCCUUCAGCGGACUCUCAAUCAUCACAAUUUCAACUGCAGAACGAAUUAGUUCCAGUGCAAAGGACAUUGGAAUCUUGGACUCAAAUCUUCGUCAACAACAGCGCCUCCUCUUCAGCCUCAAGCCCUAAUUUCUGGAAUAACACCACUUCCGGCAGCAACGAAGGUGGGCCUUCCAUCAACCCAAAUCUAUGGCCUGAUCAGUGAUCACUGCUAAAACUUCUAGAAAUUUUCUUCGCUCCUUCUGCUUACAGAUUUCUUGUUUCUGGGUUUUAUUAUCUCCUUUUUGUAAUUGAAUAUUGGGGUUUUCGGGUAUAUGAUUUUGGUUUCACCGUGAAAACUUGAAUAAAUUAUUUGUUUCCAACUUUGAAUGGCAUGGUAAUCCAAAGUUGAUCGACUUAUUUUA